UGCCUUCUCAGUAUCUUCCACUCUGCAACAACGACACAACACAAUAACAUAUACACAAAUUUAAGAGAAAAACAAACAAACAGAAAAGCUGAAAUAAUGGGUAACAGAUGUUUAAGCUUCACUGCUUGGCGUGACUGGUGCUUCCGUAAUUCAUUCUCCAAAUCAGGUCUCAAAUCAACAACCACUGAUCUUGGUGAUGGCACCAUCAUGCAUUGUUGGGUCCCCAAAACCCACAACGAUUCAAACCCUUCUCUUCUUCUAAUCCAUGGCAUUGGAGCAAAUGCACUGUGGCAGUGGAACCAGUUCAUUUCCCCACUCACGUGCCACUUCAAUGUCUACGUGCCUGACUUGGUUUUCUUCGGGGAUUCCUACACGACCCGACCCGAGAGAUCCGAAAUGUUCCAAGCCAAGUGUGUCAUGGGUCUGAUGGAGGCUCAUGGGGUAGGCAAAAUGAACGUGGUUGGGUUAAGCUAUGGUGGGUUUGUGGCGUAUAGCAUGGCGGCGCAGUUCCCACAGUGUUUUGACAAGGUUGUGCUGUGUUGUGCGGGUGUGUGCUUGGAAGAUAAGGACAUGGAUGAAGGGAUGUUUAAGGUGAAAUCUGUUGACGAUGCUGCGAGUAUCUUGCUCCCACUGACCCCAGAAAAGAUGAGGCAAUUGGUUCAGCUCACGUUCUUUAAGCCUAUCAAAGUGUUGCCAACUUGUUUUCUCAAAGAUUUCAUUGAUGUGAUGUGUAUGGAAUACCAGCAGGAGAAGAAAGAACUGAUCCAAGCAUUGCAUAAGGAUAGAAACAUGUCUGAUCUUCCUAAGAUAACCCAGCCAACACAAAUUAUAUGGGGAGAACAUGACCAGGUAUUCCCACUGGAAUUAGCUCACAGACUGAAACGUCUUGUGGGAGAGAAGGCACAACUUGUGGUCAUUAAGGAUGCAGGGCAUGCAAUCAAUGCAGAGAAGCCCAAUGAACUGUACAAGAGUUUAAAAUCCUUCCUCAUUGAUCCCUUAAAUCCAUCUAAGCAAGAAAACCACAGCAAUGGUCACAAGGUGGACCAGAAAGGUUGGAAAAUUGGUUCGCUGCUGGGAAAAAGGAGAGAAUGAAGAGGCAUACAUAUGAGCAUCGGAAAGGAAACUUAACGGAUCAUCCACUAUAUAUAAAUUAGUUAAAUUAUUGCUGUAGGCUAAGUACACUCUGAACUCUGGAAAGUGUAUGAUACAGGAAUUUUGUAAUAUUAUGGGCUGAUUGUUGCUGUUUUCCCCUCGACAUAUUGAAAAACUUAUAAUGUGUGUAUGACAUGUUUUUCUCACAUUGUUAGGAGUAUAUUGCAAA